ACACCACAAACAGCAGUCCCUUCUUCCCUUCUACCUCCACAACCAAUAGGAAGAUUGUUUUUGAACUAUAUUUUUCUUCAGAGCACGAAGUUAAGGCAAGUCUGACAUCCAGACAUCUUUCAAUUUACAAGGCUAAUCGGGUGACAGCAUGUUUGCUAGUUUGAGGUCAGCCAGUAUGCAAAAGGCGUUCGUCUUCGUCAGAAAUGAAAUUCGAGGAUGCGGCAGUAUGUUUACGUUCUUGGUAUAUGUCGAAAUAGAGAAGUAAGCUGCUGACUAACUGAAUCUUGCACUUCAAAGAGUGGAUCUUGAAAAACCGGACCCUUGUCGGGGCUUUGGGAGGCUCGGGUAUGAUAAUCGCUCAUGCGCAGUAUGGCCAAAAAAACAUGGGAAAAGAGAUCUACGAUUUUCGCACCGAGGUCAAUGAUUUUCGCACCGAGGUCAAUGAUUUUCGCACCGAGGUCAAUGCCAAGUUUUCCCGGGUCGACAGAGAACUUGCCAAACUCCACGGGGAAAAUAGGGCUACGCAGACCCUAAUCCUCACCUCCGCGGUGAAAGCGAUGAAGGUCAUGGGUGGGGACAAGCAGGUGAUGAAAGAAUUCAUCAAGAAUGUGGAAAACUUUUUAUGCAGGGAAGCGGGUGGGGAGGAUUGUGGGAGCGGGAAGAAUGAUUAACAGUAAGUUAUAGGGUUUGUCUUCAAGUGCCAUGUGUACUAACUGUGAUUGUAGCAUUGUUACGCAAUGGGUUUCGGU